AUGGCCAUGAGUUUGCCGCACAUUCACAUACACCACCAGUGUGGCGCUUGCGGGGCGUCGUUCCAGGUUGAUGAAAAGAUAACUGCCUUGACAUAUCGUAAUGAAGCCCGCAUCACCCUUGAUGCUGGUGUCUUCACAGACCACGACCGUUGUGAUCAGCCGAACAGAAAUUAUAUUUUCUGCCGGUUUCCAUACUGCAGCCAAUGCCCACUUACGAGCGAAAGCAUAACAUGUCAUACAGACUGUUUCAAUCUUGUAAAGGGAUUGUUGACUGAUGGCGCUCUUCGGAGAUUUUGGGUUGCAGCCACUUGGAGAAAUCCUUGGCCUCAUUCCCCACCACUUUUACUAACUUCAGAGGAUCCUGUUGAUGAUUUGAUCCGAAUGGCAAGCAACAUCUGCCUACUACCCCGCCUGAUAACUCUACCAAAUGAAAUAAAAGCAAUGGUUGUUCAGCUCUGCGGUCCACAAUCAUCAUUAUGGCGUUAUGCAUCUAGUAUAAAGCUAAUAAAAGAGCUGGAACUGGCCCAAGCCUCAUCGAUAAUUCUUCCGCUUGUCGAGAUAGAAAGUUGGCAUCGGGGGACCCAACCGAGACUAUCGAAAGACAGACAACGUGGCGUAAUCCGAUUAACCAUUGAUGCCCGAGGACUUAAAGCGAUCUGCCGCUUAUUAAAACCACCAGAAUCAGGGGCACUCUCUACACACUCUAGUCAUUUUAGUUAUAUAUUCAGGGAAGCUACGCAGGUCUACAAUACUAGAGUGCAAUUUGACAUUGGCCUUGGUCGGUUAAGUAAUUUAGAUAUGCCAGGCAUACAUCUAUGGGACACUCCUGCUCCACCACUACGGCGGAGUGUUAUUCAACCACCACGAUCAGCUCAGACAUCUCAUCUUAUACGCCUUACAACUAUCAGCCUGAAACAAUGCCAUGGCCUUACAUUUUUUAUCAUGAGCAGCGGGAUAGCCAGUAUUCAUCCACAUACCUCAAGAAGUCCGUUUGCCUUUGAGACCUUUACUACCCUAAUACCUGGAGUCCAAGCCCGUAGCACUUGGUUUUAUCUUCCCCUGGGGAAGAAUGAGAAAAUAAUCUCCUUAGGCCUUCGGUUUCAAGUCAUACGUGGGCUCUAUGUAACCCCAUGCUUUGUGGUCUAUUUACGCUCUGGAAAUUAUAUUAUCGGUCCAUCCUAUACUGGACAAGUGGUCGAUAUUACUUUACCAAUCCAGGGUCGGCCUACUCUCGUAUAUGAACACCCUGGCGAUGAUUACGUCCAUAUUCCUACCAUAGGAUUCUGCACUACAGGGGUCUCUCCUGGGAGGACUCUCCGUACUACGUAUUCUAGGAUUCCACCAGAUAAUCCCCCAUUUAGGGACGCCCAUCUGACCACAGCCCCCUUGAGAGGGGUAGUUGAAGUGAAACUAUUUCGCAGCCAAACCUUCUGUAAAGGUAUGAUUCUCACAUAUGACAAUCAGACUCGACGAUCACUAGGUCAAUGCCGACUGGGUGAAGAUACGGUGCUCACCUAUCAAUCACCGACACGGUUGUACUAUGCUUCUACAGAGUAUAGAAUUAAAGGCGUCAAGCCACCUCGAGCGGCAGUCUACGUGGAGAUUGCAACCCAAAGCUGUCCCGAGCCUCAAAAAGAUGAAAGUCAGAGGUGGACUUGUUCUGAAAUGCGCGGGAUAAUCAAGUUCUUGUCCACAUGGGAUCAAUCUUCGCUCACAGUGCAGGAGACAGAAGAACAAGAGAGCUGA